AACAGGGCCUUCCUUCAGCUCUUCUCUCCUCUCGUGCGCUUCGUUGGGAGGACUCACUUUCUCCGUCGCUCUGACUCAACUUGAACAAUUUGCUUGCAUUCGCUGGAAUCGAAAGCCGAGAAGCACAGACGCGCAGUUCAGAUCAGAUCAGUUGGCACGGCUGAGGGCCACUUCUGCUUUCUUCUGUCAGGGGAGGAGCGGCGGCUCUCGUCUUUCAUCGAGGGAGGAUCCACAGGAAGUCCAAUCGCAGAUCUGAUUUGCAAUUUUUUAAAGCGGGAUUCAUUGGGUCGGGAAGAAAUUUUCAUGUGACGCAGCAACGGGUUGGGUCGAUCUCCGAAACAAGCCAGAGGAGUUCAUGAUGGGUUAUUAGGGGAAACCUCAGUGCGGAAAAAUGCUGGACGAGUGGGAAGAGUCCACUUUAUCUGUGGUUCCAGCCUCUUCUGCUGGCAAUUCCAAUUUGCCGGACAGAGAAGAUGGGCAGGUCCACGAUACUCCAUCGUUUAUACAGAGGAAUGCUGACAGUCCUAUCUUCUCCAUCGAUACCCUCGAGCGACAUGCAGCCAGGAGCCAUGGUCUUGUGACAUCCGUGUCAGCUGGCAACAAUGUAAUUUUAGUCGGAACAAAUCGUGGGUGGCUCGUUCGCCAUGACUUCGGUGGUGGUGACACCCUCGAGUUUGAUCUCAGUGCAAGCAGAGGUGUGGAUUACACAGUGCACAAGGUGUUCAUUGAUCCUGGUGGAAGACAUUCUAUAGCGUCGGUAUGCAGCAAUGCAGGCUCUGAAAAUUAUUAUAUUCAUGCCAAAUGGAAGAAGCCUCGUGCACUGCCGAAAUUGAAAGGCUGGGUUGUGAGUGCAGUUGCUUGGAACAGACAGCAAAUUAGUGACGCUUCAACUCGAGAUGUCGUGCUUGGAACCACGACAGGGCAGCUUUUUGAGAUGUCUGUGGAGGAGAAAGACAAGAAAGAAAAAUAUGUGAACAAGCUCUUUGAAAUUACUGAGAUGCCCGAACCAUUUAUUGGUGUCCAGAUGGAGACAGUUGGUACAGGUGCUUCAACUCGGUAUUUGGUACUCGCUGCGACUGCCUCUCGAUUGUAUACUUUUGUAGGUACAGGUUCUCUCGAGGCAACCUUCCAAGCAUAUGAAAAUCAAGUCAUUCGCUUUACUGAGCUUCCAGGAGACGUGCCCAACAGUGAACUGCAUUUUUUUGGCAAGCAGCGCCGAAUGGAACGAUUUGCUUGGCUGUCAGGGCCCGGAAUUUAUCACGGGCACAUCAAUCUCACUACAGCCCAAAGCAAUGAAGAUAACCACUUAGAGCAGAAGGCUUUGCUGAAAUACUCCAAAAUUACUGGGGACACUUCCAAGCCUUGCUCACUUGCACUAAGCGAGUUUCACUUCUUGGUUUGUUAUAACCAAAGCUUGAAGGUGGUGAAUACUGCUAGCGAAGAAGUUGUGGAAGAGCAACGAUUUGAUGCAAGCCUCAGCUCCAGCCCCAUGCUUGGACUUUGUUCCGAUAUUGCUGCCGGUGUAUAUUACGCUUACAGCGAAAGCUCCAUAUUUGAGAUAUCAGUCAACGAUGAGGGUCGUGACAUGUGGCUUACAUACCUGAAUAUGAAGGAGUAUGCUGCAGCCCUUGAAUAUUGCCGAGAUCAGUUCCAAAGGGAUCAAGUGUAUGCGACGCAGGCUGAAGCUGAGUUCAAAGCCGGAAACUAUGACAGAGCUGCAUCUUUUUAUGCAAAAGCAAAUUCCGUUGCAUCGUUUGAAGAAGUGGCUUUGAAGUUUGUCACUGCUGGUGAACAGGAUGCCUUACGUACUUACCUCCUUAGAAAACUUGACCAUCUUGGUAAAGAGGACCGGGCACAAAUCACCAUGAUUUCCACAUGGGCCUCCGAACUUUAUCUGGACAAGAUCAAUCGACUGCUCUUGGGUCAAUCCAAACAAAAGGCUGAAGGAGGCGAUGCCAAAGAAAGCACUUCUGCUGAGUACCAAGCUACUCUUACCGAAUUCCAUGCUUUCUUAAGCGAUUGCAAAGAUGUUCUUGACGAAGCAACGACAGUGAAAUUGCUGGGCAGCUAUGGACGAGUCGAUGAGCUCGUGUUUUUUGCUGGCCUCAAGGAGCAGUAUGAAACACUUCUCCAUCAUUUCGUUCAGCAAGGAGAUGCCAAAAAGGCUCUGGCAGUGCUCCGUAAGCCAAACGUAUCUCCGGAACUACAGUAUAAAUUUGGUCCUGCACUUAUCAUGCUGGAUCCUCAUGCAACAGUAGAGUCAUGGAUGACUGCCAGCAGUCUUAGUCCACGAAGGCUUAUUCCUGCCUUGAUGCGCUACUCAAGUGAGCCUCACAAGGAUGAAGCAAAUGCUGCUAUACGAUAUCUUGAGUUUUGUGUUCAGGGUCAACAAAAUGAAGACAGUGCUAUCCACAAUUUGUUAUUGUCGUUGUAUGCCAAACAGGAAGAUGAAAGUGCACUCUUGUUAUUCCUGGAGACAAAAUACGGCAAAGGAAGACCAGGGAGACCAGAUAUAUUUUAUGAUCCAAAGUAUGCCCUCCGAUUAUGUCUAGAGGAGAAGAGAAUGAGGGCUUGUGUAUAUAUCUACAGCAUGAUGGGCAUGUAUGAAGAGGCAGUUGCUCUCGCUUUGCAGAUUGACCCAGAAUUGGCGAAGGCACAAGCGGACAAGGUUGAUGAAACCGAUGAGGGUCUUAGAAAGAAACUCUGGCUGAUGGUUGCCAGACACGUGAUUCAGCAAGAGAAGGGUGUGAAAGCUGAAAAUAUUAGAAAGGCUGUCGCUUUCCUGAAAGAAACAGAUGGACUACUAAAGAUUGAGGAUAUCCUCCCUUUCUUCCCGGACUUCUCACUGAUUGAUGAUUUCAAGGAAGCCAUUUGUACUUCUUUGGAAGACUACUCAAGACAGAUAGAAGAGUUGAAAAGGCAAAUGAACGAUGCAACUCUUGGGGCUGACAACAUCCGGCAUGAUAUUAGUUGUCUCACUCAGCGCUACGCAAUUGUCAAUCAAGACGAAGACUGUGGGGUAUGUGGAAGACUCAUACUGGCAUCGAAGGGCAAUCAUGCCUCUGGCCCACCUGGGAGGACUUUGACUACCGUCAUGGCGCCAUUUUACGUCUUUCCUUGUGAACAUUCUUUCCAUGCUCAGUGUUUAACGGAGUAUGUCUUGAAGCACAGCGAUAAAUAUGAAAAAGAGCGCAUCGCAGAGUUGCGCAACAGACUAUACAAUUUGAUCAAUGAUGCCCCUGCAAGGCCAUCAAGGAAGACAACAACAAAAAGCUACGAUGACCAAGUAUCAGCUGAUGGGCAGAUGGAUCCUCUGGACCAGGUGCGUGCCCAACUAGAUGACGCAGUUGCUGGAGAGUGUCCAUUUUGCGGGGAGUUGAUGGUUAGAGAGAUAACGCAGCCUUUCAUUCUAGCGGAAGAACAAGAUCUUGUUAUGUCGUGGUCUAUUGGUUCUGGAACUUUAGCCAAAGAAUAUGGCUUUACAUGAUUUCCACAUCGGUUGGAUUGUGAAGAAAUUUUUGUUCGAAUUUGAAUUGACCUUGGCUCUUAACCGCUCUCUGUGUCCACUCAGAGGAUUGUUAAACAUAUAAAAUCAAGGCUCUCUGAUAGUAUUGUAGAUAGGAUUACUUGCUCCUUUUAAAUCUUCUUUCCAAAGAGAAAAAGGUCAAGCAUAUAUAUAGUGUACUUUGAAAUCGAUCAGUGGGGUUUGAUUAGGAACUGAAAUGUGUUUCUUGGGAUUGCUGUUUAUUUAAGAUGAUUGAACUAAGGUGUUCAGCAAAAAGAGGGUAAACUUUGUAAACUGCGCUUAUGUUCGAAUAUUAGCAGACAAACCGAUAAACGAGCUUCGGAGUUUGAUUUUUUUGUUUUUGUUUCAUUCCCUUUCUUAGACACCAAAUCGCGCAAUGUGGUUCCGACUUUUAGAGAAAUUCUCAUAUACCAGUUCUAAAAUUGGUGUUUUGACCACAAAUUUCCCUUGU